GUAUUGCACAAAUAUUCUAACAGAACUCUGAAACUUAACAGCUUUUUUAUACCACAGCUACAAAAAGGAAAGUUAAAUUAUAGCAAGAAAGAUUCAAUUGGGGCUACCUGAAAACACAUAAAGAUGAAAAUUGCAAGAAUUGCUCUAGUAUUUGUGGCUGUAAUUUUGGCAGUGUUGCCGGGGAAUAUAGUAGCAGUUGAUCAUGUGGUUGGUGAUAGUACGGGCUGGGGAAUUCCCUCAGGUGGCCCUGCAACUUAUGCCAAUUGGACUUCACGACGUACCUUUAGAGUUGGUGAUACCUUAGUGUUCAAUUUUGCAACUGGAGCACAUGAUGUAGCCAAAGUCACAAAGAGUGCAUACGAUUCUUGCAGCUCCACAGGUCCUGUUACUCUUAUAACUGUUGGACCAGCCAAUAUCACUCUCAAUUCCACAGGAGCUGAAUAUUUCAUUUGCACUUUUGGCCAACAUUGUUCUGCUGGCCAAAAACUAGCCAUCAAUGUAACCGCUGCUUCCUCUCCUACUCCUAGUCCCGCACCAUCACCCGUCCCUACCCCUACCCCAUCACCCGUCCCUACCCCGACCCCGACCCCGACCCCUGCACCGACUCCUUCCUCAACACCGUCCCAUACCCCAAUGUCAACGCCAAGUCCAUCACCAUCAAUGGGACCAUCUGGACAGUCUCCUAGUCCUACCGGUGGUGCGGGAACUUCACCAUCAUCCUCACCAACAACUGGACCGGUCACACCGGGGACGACUCCUCCACCCAUGACACCAAGCGAUGGUCAAGUUCCCCCACCGCCUCCAAGCUCCGCCACUAGGAACUUCUUUGCUUCAGCCUUGGUUAUGUUCAUGUCCAUUGCUAUUAGUAUCAUGUGUUAGAUUCCUGUAUUUUUAUACAUAGAUGACUUUUUCUGUCACGGAGAGCUUCUUGUGAUUCGAGUGUUUGUAUAUUUUAUUUUUUUUGUUUACAUAUGAGUUGAUAUCAUGAUAGGACAUGAUCAUUGUUUACUUGUACUAUUGUUCAUUGAUUGAGUAAUUAUUAGUGGUUGUGUGAAGUUUAAA